AUGGAAGCGGCUAAUAGACAGCAAAAGCGAAUUGCACGUCACAUAAAAGAGUCGAAAUUGCCACCAGGGAAAACCUUAGAUGCAUUUGAUUAUAACCGCACUGCAUCGAUCAAUGCGGCCCACGUCACGGCGCUAGCGGACAAUACCAGUUGGGUUAAUAAUGCCAAUAACCUCAUUAUCUUUGGGCCAAGCGGUGUUGGCAAGACACAUUUGGCUUGUGCGAUUGCUUAUCGGUUAAUCGAACAAGGUAUUCGCUGCAGUUUUUAUUCGACCACCACACUUGUGCAACAGUUGCAGAAAGCCAAAGCGGAUUUUCGUUUGCCAGAAGCGCUAGCAAAAUUGUCGAGAAUACCGCUGAUUAUUCUCGAUGAUAUUGGUUACGUCAAAAAAGAAGAUGCUGAAACCAGUGUACUAUUUGAAUUGAUUGCUCAGCGCUAUGAAAGUAAAAGUCUGAUUAUCACUGCUAAUCAAUCUUUUGCACAAUGGGAUACUAUUUUUCCUGACAAUAUGAUGGCCGUUGCGGCUAUUGACAGGCUCGUUCAUCACACCACUAUUAUUAGUGUACAAGGACAAAGCUUUCGUAAAAGCAAUGCUAAAAAUAAACAGCAAAUUAGUGGUCGGAGGUAA